ACAUGCGUGGUUCCCAUGUCAUAUGUGCUUGCUGGUGCCUGUAUACCCUGCGUGUGCGACGUGCGUGUUCCCUACGCGUGCAACACGCGUGCCUGCAAUGCACAGGUGGGUGCAAGGCCCUUCACAUCUGUGUAUGUACGUGUGUGCGCGCAAGUCUCAAAUGCGCACCUCCCACGAGUGCGCGCAACCUGCGCGCAAUGCGCCCUCGCUGCCCCGCGCUGCGCUGCCGCCGCGGUUGCGGCGCUGCCGGGGGCGGCGGUGGCGGCUCCUUUAAGCGCGGCCGAGACGGUGAAUUGGCGGCUCCGCCCCUGCGGGCGCGCUCGGACGAAGGCGGGGCGCAGGCGACGGCGCGGGUCGCUGCGGGCACCAGCCCCGGCACCGGGGACACCGGGGGCAGCGGCCAUGGGCCCUCCGCUCACCCGCCGGGCCGCACUCCGGCUGCUGCCGCUGUUGCUGCUGCUGCCGCUGUUGCUCCUGCUGCCCGCGCCGGGACUCGCCACCGCCAUCGGCACCGGCAUCAGCACCGGCACCGGCACCCGCACCCGUCCGUCCAGCACGCUACCGGCGGCACUCCAGUUCCGCGGCGGCACCGGGGACAGCGGCGGCGCGUGGCCCCCGCCGAGCACCGGGGACAGCGGCGACAGCGCUGGGCCCGCACCGGCCGUGGGCGGCAGCGAUGGGACGGCACCAGGCGCUGGCUCUUCCAGUGGGGACAGCGGCAACGGUAUUAGGGGGUCCCCAGGUAUCGGCGGCUCCAGGGUUACCUGGGACACUGGAAGCACCGUGAAUGCUGGAGACACCUGGAAGCCUGGAGGCUCUGGGGGCGUUGAAAUCACCAGGGACGCUGGAGGCACCUGGGAUAGUGGAGGCACCAGGGUUACUGGAGGAACUGGAGACACUGGAAGCACCUAUGUCCUCAGGGGCACCAGGAGUGCCGGGAAUACUGGACACGCUGGGGACACCAGCAUUCCCAUGGAGGACACUGGGAGCACUGGGAACUUGCUGAGCACUGGGAGUGUUCGGGGCACUGGGAGCACUCCAGUCCCCAGGGGCACCAGGAAUUCUGAACUCACUGGGGAGACUGGGAGAGUCUCCACAGGUGCUGUCAGCACUAGGAAAGUCCCCAGGGAUACUGGGAGCACCAGAGAUACUGAACAUAAUGGGGAGUCUGGGAAAGUCCCCAGCAACACCAGGAACACUGUGGACACUGGACGUGCUGGGAACACCAAUAUCCCCAGGGAGACCAGUGGCACUGGGGAUGUGAUGGACACUGGGGAUGUUGUGGUGUUCCAGGCCACAGCAGUCCCCAGGCCCCCCAUACCUCACCACCGUCCCUGCCGCAGCCCCAACACAGCACCGCAGUUCCAGCCCUCCAGCUACCAGGCCACAGUGGAGGAGAACCAGCCAGCACGCACUCCAGUGACACAGGUGACAGCACAGGACCCUGAUGAGGGGGAGGCAGGCCGGCUGCACUACUCUAUGGCUGCACUCUUCGACAGCCGUUCCAAUGACCUCUUCACGGUGGACCCUGUCACUGGUGCCAUCAGCACUGCUGCACCGCUGGACCGUGAGAGCAAGAGCACUCAUGUGUUCCGAGUGAUAGCAGUGGACCAUGGUACACCCCGGCGCAGUGCCAUGGCCACGCUGACGGUUACAGUGAGUGACACUAAUGACCACGACCCAGCCUUUGAGCAAUUAGAAUACCGGGAGAGUGUGCGAGAGAAUCUGGAGGUGGGCUAUGAGGUACUGACAGUGCGGGCUACCGAUGGUGAUGCUGGUCCCAAUGCCAACAUCCUCUACCGCCUCCUCAAUGCUGGUGAUGCCAACGAGGUCUUUGAGAUUGAUUCCCGCUCAGGUGUCAUCCGUACCCGUGGCCCUGUGGACCGGGAAGUAGUGGAUACCUUUGAGCUGUUGGUGGAGGCCACGGACCAGGGCCAGGAUCCAGGUCCCCGGAGUGCCACGGCCACUGUCCGCAUUGCUGUGGAGGACGACAAUGACAAUGCACCGCAGUUCAGCGAGCGACGUUACGUGGCACAGGUCCCUGAGGAUGUGGUGCCCAAUGUGGCGGUUCUGCAGGUGAUGGCCACCGACCGUGACAAAGGCAGCAAUGCACUGGUGCACUACAGCAUUGUCAGCGGCAACACCCGUGGGCACUUCUACAUUGAUGCACAGACAGGCGCGCUGGAUGUCGUUACCCCCCUGGACUACGAGGUCACCAAGGAGUUCACCCUGCGGAUCCGGGCGCAGGAUGGUGGCCGCCCACCUCUCUCCAACAUCAGUGGUUUGGUUACUAUCCAGGUGUUGGAUGUCAAUGACAAUGCACCCAUAUUUGUCAGCACGCCCUUCCAGGCCACCGUGCUAGAGAAUGUCCCCGUGGGCUACUCCGUCAUCCAUGUACAAGCCAUUGAUGCCGAUUCAGGUGACAACAGCUGGUUAGUUUACACCCUGCUGGAGACUGGCACUGGUUUCCCCUUCACCAUCAACAACAGCACUGGGUGGAUUGUGGUGGCCUCUGAGCUGGACCGGGAGGUGGUAGACUUCUACAGUUUCAGAGUGGAGGCGCAGGACCAUGGCACCCCCUCGAUGGCCUCCACGGCUAGCGUCAGUGUCACCAUCCUGGAUGUCAAUGACAACAGCCCUGAGUUCACCCAGCGGGAGUACAGCGCCCGCCUGAAUGAGGACGCGGCAGUGGGCACCAGUGUCCUGACUGUCUCUGCUGUCGACCGUGAUGCUUACAGCAUCAUCACAUACCAGAUCUCCAGUGGCAAUACCCGCAACCGGUUCUCCAUCACCAGCCAGAGUGGUGGUGGGCUCAUCUCCCUUGCCCUGCCCCUGGACUACAAGCUGGAGCGGCAGUACCUGCUCACCAUUGCUGCUUCUGAUGGCACCCGCCAUGAUACUGCCCAGGUGGUUGUCAAUGUCACCGAUGCUAACACCCACCGCCCCGUCUUCCAGAGCUCCCACUACACCAUUAACGUCAAUGAGGAUCGGCCAGUGGGCACAACUGUGGUGGUCAUCAGUGCCACGGACGAGGACACGGGGGAGAAUGCCCGCAUCACCUACCUGAUGGAGGACAGCAUACCCCAGUUCAGCAUUGCUGCUGAUACUGGUGCUGUCACCACCCAGAUGGAACUGGAUUAUGAGGACCAGGUGUCCUAUACCUUGGCCAUCACGGCACGGGACAAUGGUAUCCCUCAGAAAUCUGACACAACUUACCUGGAGAUUCUGGUGAGUGAUGUCAAUGACAAUGCACCCCAGUUCCUCCGUCAUUCCUACCAGGGAUCCAUCUACGAGGAUGUCCCUACCUUCACCAGUGUCCUCCAGGUCUCCGCAACUGACCGUGACUCUGGGCUCAAUGGCAGGGUCUUCUACACCUUCCAAGGGGGUGAUGAUGGUGAUGGCGACUUCAUCAUUGAGUCCACCUCGGGCAUUGUCCGCACCUUGCGCCGUCUGGACCGGGAGAAUGUGCCGCUGUAUUGCCUGCGGGCAUUUGCCAUGGAUAAGGGGAUUCCAGCCCGGCGGACGCCAGUGGAGAUCCAGGUGACAGUGUUGGAUGUCAAUGACAACCCCCCUGUGUUUGAGCGGGACGAAUUUGACAUCUUUGUGGAGGAGAACAGUCCCAUUGGACUGGUGGUGGCCCGGAUCACUGCCACUGACCCCGAUGAGGGCACCAAUGCCCAGAUCAUGUACCAGAUCGUGGAGGGCAACAUCCCUGAGGUCUUUCAACUGGAUAUCUUCUCUGGAGAGCUCACUGCCCUGGCUGACCUGGACUAUGAAACCAAGGCUGAAUACAUCAUGGUGGUCCAGGCAACCUCAGCACCACUGGUGAGUCGGGCCACCAUCCAUGUGCGCCUGUGUGACACCAACGACAACAGCCCCCAGCUCAAGAACUUCGAGAUCCUCUUCAACAACUACAUCACCAACCGCUCCAGCAGCUUCCCUGGGGGCAUCAUUGGCCGCAUCCCUGCCUAUGACCCCGACGUCUCUGACCACCUUACUUAUGCUUUUGAGCAGGGCAAUGAGCUCAACCUCGUGCUGUUGGAUCCACACACUGGGGAUCUGCGCCUCAGCCCAGCCCUGGACAACAACCGCCCACUUGAGGCCAUCAUGAGGGUUUCUGUCUCUGAUGGCGUUUACAGUGCAACAGCGCAGUGCACACUGCGGGUGACGGUGAUCACAGAUGAGAUGCUCAGCAACAGCAUCACCCUGCGUUUGGCCGACAUGUCCCAGGAACGCUUCUUGUCCCCCCUACUCAGUCGCUUCCUGGAGGGGGUGGCCGCUGUCCUGGCCACCCCCCGCCACCGCGUCAUCCUUUUCAACAUCCAGGCGGACACAGAUGUAGGGCCAGCGCGGAUCCUCAAUGUCAGCCUCUCGGCGCUGCUGCCGGCGGCGGUGCGGGGCGCGUCACGGUUCUUCUCGUCCGAGGAGCUGCAGGAGCGGCUGUACCUUAACCGAUCGCUCCUGGCAGCUACCACAGCCCAGCAAGUCCUGCCCUUUGAUGACAACGUGUGUCUGCGCGAGCCCUGCGAGAACUACAUGCGCUGCGUCUCCGUCCUGCAGUUCGACAGCUCUGCGCCCUUCCUUGCCUCCGACACCAUCCUUUUUCGCCCCAUCCACCCCGUCACGGGCCUGCGCUGCCGCUGCCCGCCUGGCUUCACCGGUGACUACUGCGAGACCGAGAUCGACCUCUGCUACUCCAGCCCCUGUGGCAGCAACGGGCGGUGCCGGAGCCGUGAGGGUGGAUACACCUGCGAGUGCCACGAAGACUUCACUGGGGAGCACUGUGAGCUGAGUGCGCGGGGGGGCCGCUGCACCCCAGGGGUCUGCCGGAAUGGGGGCACCUGCCUGAACCUGCUGGUGGGGGGAUUCCGGUGCCAGUGCCCCCCUGGGCACUAUGAGAAGCCCUUCUGCACCAUGAGCACCCGCAGCUUCCCCCCGCAUUCCUUCCUCACCUUUCGUGGCCUCCGCCAGCGCUUCCAUUUCACCCUUGGCCUCACGUUUGCCACACAGGAGCGGGAUGGGCUCUUGCUGUAUAAUGGGCGCUUCAAUGAGCGGCAUGACUUUGUGGCACUGGAGAUUGUGGAUGAGCAGCUGCAGCUCACCUUCUCAGCAGGUGAGACCACCAGCACAGUGUCACCCUUCGUACCAGGAGGAGUCAGUGAUGGGCAGUGGCACCGGGUGCAGCUGCACUACUACAACAAGCCGGCUGUGGGGCGCUUGGGGGUCCCACAGGGCCCCUCAGAGCAGAAGGUGGCUGUGGUGACUGUGGACGACUGUGACACGGCCAUGGCCCUGCGUUUCGGGCCCCGCCUUGGCAACUACUCCUGCGCUGCCCAGGGCACCCAGACUGGCAGCAAGAAGUCACUGGACCUGACGGGGCCACUGCUGCUGGGGGGGGUCCCAACGCUGCCCGAGAGUUUCCCGAUCCGCAGCCGGCACUUUGUGGGGUGCAUGCGGCACCUCCACAUUGACCAGCGCCCCGUGGACAUGUCAGCCUUCAUUGCUAACAACGGCACCCUGCCCGGUUGUCCUCCCAAGAAGACCCUGUGUGACACCAACACAUGCCACAACGGUGGCACCUGUGUGCAUGAGUGGGGGGGGUUCAGCUGCCACUGCCCACUGGGCUUUGGGGGCAAAACCUGCCAGGAGGAAAUGGCAGGCCCGCAGCGGUUCGUGGGCAGCAGCCGCGUGGUGUGGAGCGGGCUGGCACUGCCCCUCUCCCUGCCCUGGCCAGUCCGCAUCAUGUUCCGCACCCGCCACCCCAGCGGGGUUCUGCUGCGGGUGGGGACUGGAGGUCGCCUGACCCUCAUCCUGCAGCUGAGCGAGGGGCAGGUGGAGGCUGGUGCCUGGCAAGGGGGGGCCCGUUUGGCCACACUGCGUCUGCCCCAGGCCAAAGUCAAUGACGGUGCCUGGCACCACAUGGAGCUGGAGCUACGGGGGGGCCCUGGCCGCAGCCCCUCUGCCACCCUCCUCCUACUCACCCUCGACUAUGGCCGCUACCAGGUGGUGGGCGAUGUCCCUGGAGAGCUGCAGGGGUUGCGGCUGCGCACGCUGAGCCUCGGGGGGCUGCUGGGGGACAGUGGCACUGUGGAGGAGGGGUUCCAGGGGUGCCUGCAGGGCCUGCGUGUUGGGGACCCUGUGGUGACUGCGGGUGCCCUGAGCCUGGCACAGGCGGUGCAGGUGAAUGUGGAGGGGGGAUGUGCUCUGCCCGAUCCCUGCGACUCGGGGCCCUGCCCCCCCCACAGCUACUGCAGUGAUGAUUGGGACAGUUUCUCAUGCCGCUGCCACCCUGGGUACUUCGGUGACAGCUGUGUCAGUGCCUGUGCCCUGGACCCCUGCGAGCCUCCAGGCACCUGUACCCACCGUCCAGGCACAGCCCCCGGCUAUACCUGUCACUGUCCCCCAGGCACCUUCGGGGCCCUCUGCCAGCACCGGGAGGCGCAGCCAUGCCCACGGGGGUGGUGGGGACACCCGACGUGCGGCCCCUGCAGCUGCGACGUCACCCAUGGCUUUGACCCAGACUGCAACAAGACCACGGGCGAGUGUCGCUGCAAGGACAACCACUACCGCCCACCAGGAGGGGACACGUGCUACCCCUGUGAGUGUUACCCCACUGGGUCACUGUCACGGCGAUGCGAUGCCAACACUGGACAGUGCCCCUGCAAAGCUGGUGUCAUUGGCCAUCAUUGUGACCGCUGUGACAACCCCUUCGCUGAGGUGACAGCCAGCGGCUGCGAAGUGAACUACGACAGCUGUCCCCGAGCCAUCGAGGCCAGCAUCUGGUGGCCCCGCACUCGGUUUGGGCUGCCAGCUGCAGCCCCGUGCCCCAAGGGCUCUGUUGGCACGGCACUGCGCCACUGUGACGAGCACAAGGGCUGGCUGCCCCCCAACCUCUUCAACUGCAGUGCGCUGGCUUUUGCUGCCCUUCGCCCCUGGGCGGAGCAGCUGCUGGCCAACGAGUCACAGUGGGACGCAGGGCAGUCCCGGCGCGUGGCGCUGGCACUGCGUGAAGCGAUGCGGGAGGCCCAGGGGUACUUCGGCAGUGACGUGCACCUGGCAUACCACCUGGCAGGGGCCCUGCUGCGCCAUGAGAGCCGCCAGCACGGCUUCCGCCUUGCUGCCACCCAGGACGUGCACUUCACUGAGAACCUGCUGCGGGUGGGCAGUGCGCUGCUGGACAUGGGGAACAAGCGUCACUGGGAGCUGAUCCAGCAGACGGAAGGUGGCACGGCCCAGCUGCUGCAGCACUUUGAGGAUUAUGCACAAGCCCUGGCACGGAAUAUGCCCCAGACUUACCUCAGCCCCUUCACCAUUGUCACCCCUAACAUUGUGGUGUCAGUGGUGCGGCUGGACAAGAGCAGCUUUGCGGGUGCCCACCUGCCAUGGUAUGAGGCACUGCGGGGGGAGAAACUUCCAGAUCUGGAGACAACCGUCAUCCUGCCUGACAGCAUCUUCUGGCCCCCUGAGGACAGGCGCCUCUCAGCUGGGCAUGGGCAGGCACCACAGGGCACAGGUGGACAGGAGGAGGAGGAGGAGGAUGAAGCAGGAGAAGAGGAGAAAGUGGAGGAGGAGGAGGCAGGGAUGACUAUGGUGACCCGGCACAAGCGCCACCCACCCCUGAGUGAGGGCCAGGCCAUCGCCAGCGUCAUCAUCUACCGUACCCUGGCCGGUCUCCUGCCCCAGCACUUCGACACCGACAAGCGCAGCCUCCGGGUGCCCAAGCGCCCCGUCAUCAACACACCAGUGGUGAGCAUCAGCGUGCACAUGGGGGGCACGGAUGGCGUGGGGGACAUUUGGACCCCCCGGGUGCUGGCCAAGCCCGUUACCCUCCAGUUCCGGCUGUUGGAGACCCAGGAGCGCUCCAAGCCUAUCUGCGUCUUCUGGAAUCACUCUCUGCGGGCGGGCAGUGUAGGCGGCUGGUCGGCACGAGGCUGCCAAGUCGCUUUCCGCAACCAGAGCCACGUCAGCUGCCAGUGCCACCAUCUGACCAGCUUUGCCGUCCUCAUGGAUAUCUCCCGCCGAGAGAACGGGGAGGUGCUGCCGCUGGCAGCACUCACCUACGGCUCACUGGGCGUGGGGCUGGCGGGGCUGGCGCUGGUGGUCCUGGCCCUGGGGACUGUGAGGCGGCUACACUCCAACCGCCACAGCAUCCGCCGGCAUGGCACAGCUGCACUCCUCCUUGCACAGCUUGUCUUCCUGCUUGGCAUCAACCAGGCCGAUGUCCCGCUGGCGUGCACGGUGGUGGCCAUCCUGCUGCAGUUCUUGUACCUGAGUGCGGUAGGCUGGGCGCUGCUGGAGGCGCUGCACCUGUACCGGCGCCGUAGUGAACCCCGUCAUGUCGACCAUGGUCCCAUGCGCUUCUACCAUGUACUGGGCUGGGGACUGCCUGCCUUCAUCACCGGGCUGGCGGUGGGGCUGGACCCUGAGGGCUUCGGCAACCGCGACUUCUGCUGGCUGGCCCUGCACGACAGCCUGGUGUGGAGCCUGGCUGGGCCCUGCGCUGCUGCCCUUGCUGUCGGCAUUUUCUUCCUGGUAUUGGCAGCCAGGGCCACCUGUGCCACCCCCCAGGGCUUCCAGAAAAAGGGCUCAGCGUCUGCGGUGCGCACAGCUGCAGUCCUGUUGGCCAUGCCCAGCCUGGCCUGGCUUCUGGCCCUUCUCUCAGUCAACAGUGACACGUUGCUCUGUCACUAUCUGUUUGCCGCCUCCAACUGCCUCCAGGGGCCCCUUAUCUUCCUGUCCUGUGUGGUGCUGAGCAAGGAGGUGCGAAGGAGCCUCUGCAUGAGCUGUGCCUGCUGCCACCACGCACCGCUGGCCACCAAGGCCACCCUCACCCCUGCCUAUGGCAGGGACAGCACAUAUGUGUCAGGGCGACUGUACUCCCCUCCAGGUGGUGGGUCCUCGGGGUCUCUGCACAGCACUGCACGCUCGGGCAAGAGCCACCACAGCUACAUCCCCUUUGUGCGGCGGGAAGAUUCAGGGCUGGCAGGCAGCCCAGGGCCGGUGCCGCUGCCCGAGCCUGGGGAGUUCUUCCUUGACAUCCAGGACCAGCCCAAGGAGCAUGACACAGACUCGGACAGUGACUUGUCCCUGGACGACCCGAGCGGAUCGUACGGCUCCACACAUUCCUCCGACAGCGAGGACGAGGCCCUCCAUGGCUGGGACCUCCUGCCCGGGGCUCCCCCAGGUCCCCCCAGCCCUGGUGACCCCCUGGUGCCCCCAGGGUGCCCAUACUGGCCAGGGGAGUUUGUGACGACAGCUAGUGAGAGCGAGGGACCAGGAGGUAGCGAGGGGCUUCGAGUGCAGCCAGCAGGGGGCCAGGGACACCCCUGGGGCCACCCCCCCAGGCCCAAUGGCGAGGCACUCCCCAGGGACCCCCUGCUGCUGCCGCUGCCCCAUCCCCACAAAGGGAUACUGAAGAAGUGCCUGCCCCCCAUCAGUGAGCGGGGCAGUGCCCUGCACCCUGGGCCCCCCCCACCACCUCCUGCUUGCACAGCUGCCUCCUUGGGCAGUGAUGCGGGGGCCCUCCCAGUCCCCCGGCCUCGGCAGAGCCUCCAGGAGCAGCUCAGCGGCCUCACCCCCAUCGCCAUGAGCAUCCGUACAGGCACUGCUGACGAGGACUCCUCUGGCUCUGAAUUUCUGUUUUUUAAUUUUCUCCAUUAACCCAAGGGGGCUGGGGGCUCUCCCCCAACCCCCACCCCUCCAUCUCACCCCAGGGGUUUGCACUGGGUGCUAGGGGGCACAGAGGGCACCCUGGCACCUACCUCCCCCAUCACACAUCUGUCUGUCUUGUUUUUUAUUCCCCCUCCAUCCCGCACUUUGUAUCCAUCCCCCCCUCCCCCCAUCUGUCCGUCCCCACCACCAGGAGCGACGAGACCUCGAUCUAAUGGGGACUCACCCAGCGGCCAGCCCACCCACUGUGCCAGGGACACCAGGACAGGGAGGGCACCAGGAUGGUUGGGGUGGGGCGGGGGAUACACCAGGACUGGGAGGACGUCAGGAAGGAGUAGAAAGACACAACCUCCCCAGUGCACUUUGUAUCCUUGCAGGGAUUGGCAAUCUGGGGAGGUGGCACAGGGUGCCCCUGUUGCCCCUCCAUGAUCACACCCAGCCUCUUUGCCCAGGAGUGUUUUAUUUAAAAAAUACAUGAAAAUACAAAAAAAGGAGUUUAUAACCAACUUUGUCCAUUGUUCCAACCCUCACGAAGGGGCAACCUGUCCCAUGGUGCCAACUCCCCCAGGUGGGGGGCAUGUGGAAGGGGGAUCAGCUACGGGUUCCAGGGAUGUCUGGGACCGCCCUGCUCAGGGGUGAGGCUCAGGUGGGGGAACCCAGGGAUGGAUGUUGAGGGGAUGAGAGACCCCUAGGUGCUGGGAGACAUGGGGAGUUUCCGACUGCAGAUGAGACCUUUUGUAAUUAAAGCAAAACCAAUGAA